AUGAAGAAAAAAAAGAAAUCCAUCGCCCUCUCCGUCGUCCUCCAGGGAGCUUCAGAGUCAGGCGAACCGAUUCUACUACCCAAUUCUCCAAAUCGUCCACAAAACCCUAGAUCCAGGCUCUAUCGCAGCGUUGAGAUGGCGUGGUCGUCUCGCUUCUUGACGGGGAUGGCGUUCUUUGCAUUGGGCUUUGUCUUUGCGCCGGAUGUAUUCGGCUCGGGGCCGGAAUCUCCAGCCAUCGCCGUAACCGCCGCAAGGAUCCUCCAUCUCCUCGCCUUCGCCACCGACUGGGGCGCCGCCCUCUGGGUCACCUUCAUCGGCGGGAUCAUCAUGUUCAAAAACUUGCCGAGGCAUCAGUUCGGAAACCUACAGAGCAAAAUGUUCCCUGCGUAUUUCACAUUGGUGUCUGUCUGCUCAGUAGUUUCGGUUGUAGCAUUUGCCUAUAUCCACCCGUGGAGGUCGGCCUCAUUGAUCGAGAGGUAUCAGCUUGUUUUCCUCCUUUGUGCGCUUGGAUUCAACCUUUCCAACUUGAUUAUCUUCACCCCACUGACAAUCGAGAUGAUGAAACAGAGGCAUAAAAUAGAGAGAGAUCUAAGCAUCGGUGAGGAAGUAGGGUGGUCAAAGAACGUGCAAGUAGCGAAAACUAAUCCACAACUUGCAGCCAUGAACAGGAAAUUUGGAAUGAUUCAUGGUUUGUCUUCACUUGCCAACAUCAUGGCAUUUGGCAGCCUUGCCAUUCACUCCUGGCACUUAGCCGGCAAUAUUCACUUAUGACAAGCUAGAGAAACAUCAGAAUCCUUUUUAUUAUAUUCAUAUUUUUUCUUGAAGUAUAUUUUAAUUGUUAGACAUUGAGAUAAACAGCAUAUAGAAAAAAAAAAGACGUUCCAAUGAAUAAUAACCUGAAGUAGCUACC